AUGGAGCCCCGGGUAGGAAAUAAGUUUCAGCUUGGCCGGAAAAUUGGAAGUGGUUCAUUUGGAGAGAUUUAUAAAGGUACUAAUAUUCAGACAAGUGAAGAGGUUGCAAUUAAGCUUGAAAAUAUCAAGACAAAGCAUCCUCAGUUGCAUUACGAGUCAAGGUCGUACAAAACAUUACAAGGAGGAACUGGAAUUCCUGACCUUAAAUGGUUCGGAGUCGAAGGAGACUAUAAUGUCCUUGUUAUGGAUUUACUGGGACCUAGUCUUGAAGACUUGUUUAACUCCUGUAAUCGGAAGCUAUCUCUAAAGACCGUUCUCAUGCUGGCGGAUCAGAUGAUUAACCGGAUUGAGUUUAUUCAUUCUAAGUCUUUCCUUCAUCGGGAUAUUAAGCCCGACAACUUCCUAAUGGGCUUGGGAAGGCAUGCAAAUCAGGUAUAUAUUAUUGAUCUUGGACUUGCCAAGAAAUUCAGAGACUCCUCGACUCGUCACAUUCCCUAUAGAGAAAAUAAAAAUUUGAUUGGAACAGUCAGAUAUGCCAGCAUGAAUACUCAUCUCGGAAUUGAACAAAGUCGCAGGGACGAUUUAGAAUCACUCGGAUAUGUUCUCAUGUAUUUCUUAAGAGGAAGUCUCCCCUGGCAGGGGUUGAAUGCUGGAACAAAGAAACGGAAAUAUGAAAAAAUUAGUGAAAGGAAAGUUACAACCUCGAUUGAGGUGUUAUGUCGUGGCUAUCCUACGGAAUUCUCGUCUUACUUCCAUUAUUGUCGUUCGCUUAGGUUUGAUGAUAAACCAGAUUAUGCUUAUUUAAAGAGAAUUUUCCGUGACCUUUUCAUUCGUGAAGGUUUUCAAUGUGACUAUGUAUUCGACUGGACCAUUUUGAAAUAUCAGGAGUCUCCCCUAGCCAAUCCUCCACUUCAAGAGCUUGGUGCAACUGCAGGUACGAGUUCGGGAAUGCAGCAUGCUAAUGUUGAUCUACAACCAGGUGAUGAUGAAGGAAAGGUCCACUGUUCUUCUUUCACAAACUCAACUCGUGGUAGAAAAUUUUUGAAUUCUGGAACUACACAGAAAGAUCCACUUGCUAACGACUUAGUUAUGAGUAAAGAGUUAUCAAAUUUCAACAUUUUCCGGUCGACUGGAUCUUCAAUGCAACCUACUAUCUCUAGUAAACACGAUCCAGUGACUGCUUGGGAGGAUUCCGACCCUUCACAUGGACGUGCAACAGAUGCGCAGCAUAAAAUUUCCAGCGUCACACAAAGAAGUUCAUCAGCAGUAUCCGCUGAUUACAAGCGCUCGUCUUCUGCCAGAAACAUGUUAAAGGUUAAGGAUUUCGAGUUAACCCUCAAGGGUAUUCGGAGCUUGAAUUUAGGCAAUAACCCAGGUGUCAAAUAUUAG